AUUAGGGAGCUCAUUUUGGGGUUCUCUCCAUAACCAAAUAGAAUUUUAAUUUUACAAAGUGAAGAAAUCAAAUAAUGGAAGCAGUGAUUAUGAAGUUUACUGUAGUGGUGAGUUUGGUGCUAAGCUUUGUGUCGUAUUCUGCUCAUGCUGAAACAGGCACUGCAACUUUCUACACUCCCCCUUACGUUCCUUCUGCAUGUUUCGGUUUCGAGGAGCAAGGGACGAUGAUAGCGGCAGCAGGGGACGGGAUAUAUAACAACGGGGCAGCGUGUGGGAGAAUGUACAGUGUGAGAUGCACAAGCUCAACAAACUCAGUUCAGGCAUGCACAGGCAACAGUGUGACUGUGAAGGUUGUUGAUCGCUGCCCAUCUCCUGCUUGCACAUCCACCAUUGAUCUCUCCCAGGAAGCUUUCUCUAUUAUUGCCAACCCUGACGGGUCUAAAGAACUUGUUCGUAGGUCGUCUGAUGAGGCAAUAUCAGCCGUUGGUGGUGACUAGCUAAUAACGAGCAAGGAUGGAAAUUGGACAUUUUCCAUGUACUUYAUCUUAUAUUUACAACCAAAUAAAAAUGUAUUUCUAUGUUACUCAAAAAUAUUAAAGAACAGGAGCCCUUAUGGCCCAUAUGACUAUGUUUGUUGCUCAUUAAAUAUAAUUUGAAUAUACAUUUCUGAUAAUCCAAUGCUUAAUUUGAAACCCUAAGUUAUUCAGAGUC